UCAGUAAUGCCUUUUAGUUUUGGUUUGCCACCCCAAGUGGCCCAAUCUGGCAUCCUCGACAAAAAGUUUCUGGGGGUGGACCAAAUUUCAUGGCAAUCCAUUCAAUAGUCGUCAAGACAUUUACCUCAAAACCAUAAAUGUCAGCCACAUGGUACCAUUAGUGUAAAAGUACACCUGGAAACCAUGAAUGUCUGUGCAAAAUUUGGUGCCAAUAUAUCAAGCAGGUAAAGAGAUAUCACUGGAUGUGAAAGGUUUGACCUGCUGGUGCCGAAAUUUUAGGGGAUCACAAGUGGGUCACUGACAUUCAUUCACUGGGCACUAUGAAUAUUUGUGUAAAAUUCCAUGGCAGACUAUCUAACAAUUGUUGAGACAUUCCACUAUAAAAGUCAACCUCCUGAUGAGGUUGGAGUAAGCAUCAGUGGUAGGGUUCAUCAGCUGGUGAUCACAAUUCUGAAUUUUUUGGUGAUCAAAAAUUCAAUGUAAUUCAGGGCAAAAAGUUUGUUAUUUCAUUAGUCUGUGGAUUUCAAAAGAGCUGUCUUCUAUCCCACGCUGUUUCACAAUGCUUCACAGACAUGAGUUAACAGUGAGUACCGGACAAACCAAUCCAAGGCUUCAGCAGGUAUUUCUUGUUUGAGUCAACCAUGGAAUGGUGUUUGCUCUGAGAGGUCCAGCCUGAUGGGAAAAGUUAGAGAUAUAAACCCAUAAACACUGCCGGGCAGUUUUUUCCACAGCAGAGUUUAAAUGUCAUAGUUGUGAAAGCUGUGUGACAUACUUUGUAGAAAUAACAACUCACUUUGGAAUUGGGGAAGUUAGAUGACUGGGUCUGUUGUUCAGACUUUGCUCCUGCUCAGUCUGCACAACAGGAAGUGACAGCAUUUGUCGUAAACGCGAAGGAGGUGUGGUAGUGUAUUUGUUGGGAGAAACUGGCACUCCUGUCGUGGAAUUUGAGCUUGCAUACAAGGUUCAUCCAACACACAGGUCAAAAUGAAGAGUCUGGUUGGCUUUGGUGUGCUCAUUUUGGCAUGUCUUUUGAGCUGCACAGUACAGGCUAAGAAACACCACAAUCCACUUUCCUCUCAAGGAACAGACUGCACACAGAUUAAGGCUCUCUCACCACAAGCAUCCAGUGGGGUUUAUGUAAUCCAGCCUCAAAAAGUCAAGACCCCGUUUAAGGUGUACUGUGAGAUGCGCCCCGAUGGAGGCUGGACGGUGUUUCAGAGGCGCAGCAAAGGGGUGGUGUCCUUCAACAGGAAAUGGGCAGCAUAUAAAAACGGUUUUGGAAACCUGACACGUGACCACUGGCUUGGUCUGCAAAAGGUUUUCUCUCUGACCAAGAACAAACACAAGAAGUGGACCAUGAGAGUCGACCUAUGGGACCACGAAGAUGACACUGCUUUUGCUGAGUACGCACACUUCAAAUUGGGCGGUGCAAAAGCAGCUUUCAGACUGCAUGUGGGGAAAUACAGUGGAACCGCAGGUGACGCCAUGCAUAGCCAGAACCGCUACGGCUUCAGCACCUCCGACCGUGACAAUGACGGCUGCUCCCCAUGCAUCUUUGGUGACAUUGCUCUCAUGGAAUGUACUCAGUCAGACGGUGGUGGCUGGUGGUACAGCCGCUGCGGAUCCGCCAGUCUGAAUGGCGACUGGCAUCCUGCUGGUGACCAUAUCGGCUGGGCGUCAGGCCUCCACUGGGAAACCUGGAAAACUCAUGCGCCAUACUCCCUGAGGGCCACCAGAAUGAUGAUCAAGUCUGUGUGAGAGGACCCAUCUCACAUGUAACUUCAUAUUGGCUUUUCUUGUAGCAUGUAAGAGUGGUGUUACAUUUUAUCACAUAUUUAUAUAAAAAUAAAAUCAGUUUUGUUUUUUUAGAUACUGGUUGUGUUGUUUAUUUCACACUUACAAGGGUUGAUUUUUCUUUAUACUGUAAUAACUUCUUUAUGUAACACCUCAGAAAGAGUAGCUGAGAGGCCAGGCCAUCAUUGAGGUAUUCCUUUAAAGAAUGUAAAAAAAACCAAAAGAAUGUUGGAUGCCCAUAACUGGCUUUAGAGGCAUCUCUAAAGUCUUAUAUUCUUACAAUUGGUUGUUACAUAAAACAAGCAGACAUCUAAAGGCUGAACAAACAUAUGUUUUUGAAGUGCAUAUUCAUUAAACAGUUUUGUUUGCAA